AUGCAGGAUCCUCACACUGAAGACAAGGUUCCUCUCUCUGAGGACAAGGUUCCUCAUUCUGAGGACAAGGUUCCUCACGCUGAGGACAAGGUUCCUCGCUUUGAGGACAAGGCUCCUAGCUCUGAGGACAAGGUUCCUCACGCUGAGGACAAGGUGCCUUACUUUGGGGACAGGGUUCCUCAUUCUGAGGACAAGGUUCCCGUCUCUGAGGACAAGGCUCACCACUCUUAAGGCAGGUUCCUCACACUGAGGAGAUCGUUCCUCACCCUGAGGACAAGGUUCGUCACUCUGACGACAAGGUUCCUCGCUCUGAAGACAAGGUCCCCCACUUUGAAGGCAGGUUCCUCACACUGAGGACAAGGUUCCUCACUCUCAGGACAAGGUUCCUCACUGUGAGGACAAGGCUCCUCACUGUGAGGACAAGGUUCCUGUCUCUGGAAGACAAGGUUCCUCACCUGAGAACAAAGUUCCUCACUCUGAGGACAAGGUUCCUCACUCUGAGGACAAGGUUCCUCACUCUGAGGACCAGGUUCCUCCCUCUGACGACAAGGUUCCUCACUCUGAGGACAAGGUUCCUCACUGUGAGGACAAGGUUCCUCACUGUGAGGACAAGGGUCCUCACUCUGAGGACAAGGUUCCUCACUCUGAGGACAACAUUCCUCACUCGGAGGACAAGGUUCCUAACUCUGAGGACCAGGUUCCUCACCUGAGAACAAGGUUCCUCACUCUGAGGACAAGGUUCCUCACUCUGAGGCAAGGUUCCUCACUCUGA